CUGCGUGCCUUGCGCUCUGCGGGCUCUUUGCGUCUGCGUAGUUCGCUCACCUCCCUUUCUAAUUCCGCUGCGGCCAUGGCUCCAGUGAAAAAACUUGUGGCGAAGGGGGGCAAAAAAAAGAAGCAGGUUCUGAAGUUCACUCUUGAUUGCACCCACCCUGUAGAAGAUGGAAUCAUGGAUGCUGCCAAUUUUGAGCAGUUUUUGCAAGAAAGGAUCAAAGUGAACGGAAAAGCUGGGAACCUUGGUGGAGGGGUGGUGACCAUCGAAAGGAGCAAGAGCAAGAUCACCGUGACAUCUGAGGUGCCUUUCUCCAAAAGGUAUUUGAAAUAUCUCACCAAAAAAUAUUUGAAGAAGAAUAAUCUACGUGACUGGUUGCGCGUAGUUGCUAACAGCAAAGAGAGUUACGAAUUACGUUACUUCCAGAUUAACCAGGACGAAGAAGAGGAGGAAGAUGAGGAUUAAAUUUCAUUUAUCCGGAAUAUUUUGUAUGAGUUCUUGAAUAAAACUUGGGAACCAAAAUGGUGGUUUAUCCUUGUAUCUCUGCAGUGUGGAUUGAACAGAAAAUUGGAAAUCAUAGUCAAAGGGCUUCUCUUGGUUCGCCGCUCACUUAUUUGUAACUUGACUUCUUUUUUUCUGCUUAAAAAUUUCAAUUCUCGUGGUAAUACCAGAGUAGAAGGAAAGGGUGACUUUACGGAACUGACAGCCAUUGGGGAGGCAGAUGCCGGUGUGGAGGUGUGGGCUGAAGGUAGUGACUGUUUGAUUUUAAAAAGUGUGACUGUCAGUUGUAUCUGUUGCUUUUCUCAAACAAUGAUUCAGGGAUACAAGUGGGCUCCUCUCGUUCAUUAAAAGAAAACGUGACAUCUUUCUAAGAUUCUCUGUGGGAAAAUGACAGUGUCAAUAAAAUGCGGGUUUCUGGGCCAUUCGUCUUACUUUCAUUUUUUGAUCACAAAUUUGACACACACAAUUAUGUCUGUUAAUCCUCUUCUUCCUAGAGAGAGAAACUGUGCUCCUUCAGCGUUGCUGCGUAGUCCGUCACUCUCCAUAAAGGGGUUUGGGGAAUCGAUUGUAGAAGUCCCAGGUUCUAAAUUAAAUGUGUACAGAAAUGAAUGUGUAAGUAAUGUUUCUACAAGUCUUUGCAACAAACUGUCACUUCGGUCUCCAGCAGAGGGAGCUGGAGGAAUAGUGCUUCCAGAUGUGGUCUCCCAUGUGGGGCCCAGCGAUGGCGGCCCCUGAUGGCAAGAGCUCUGGAGACUCUGGUGAAGGGGGGACACCAAGGAAAAGUGACUGGGAAGCCUCCCAUGCCAAGGAGAUGGGAGGUGCCCUGGAAAUAGCUGCCUCAUGCCACUUAGACCAUGACUGGAUUUAAUAUCAGAAGUUACUCUACGAACAGUGGUAUGCCGCAGUGCAGAGGCUAGACAACUGUGAACGGGGCGACCAAAGCUGGCAAAAGAAGAUGCAGUUGUUGCCGUGAGUGACUUUGAAAGACCCUGGUGCCUUGCGGUGCCCUUCUGAAAUUCGAACAGUAAUGCAGAAGUGUCUGCUUUAGAAUUUACGGUGUCUAAAAUUCAUGUUUUUAAAAGAGCUUGCCUGCAGAUGGUUUCCACACCCGAAAUUGUGCCCUGUGAGUUGCAUAGCUGGAAGUUCAAUGCUCAAUCCUACCUUGGCUCCCAGUAAACAUUUGGUGCUCUGUGGAUUGAGUUGAACGUGUUGAGGCUUUGCAAUUUCAGUUGUGUUAAAGGCUCUGGCAUUUUUCCAUUUCUAUGCAAAUUUCUUUGAAGUAGAAUUGCUUGCAUAUUUCUUCUCUGCCUUCACAGAAAGCAGUUUCUUUUCAAACUUCACUGGGGCAUCAGUCGCUCUUUGGCAAUGUCCCUUACCAUGAUUAUUAAGUUUGUGGCUUGAGUUUACAAAUUUUGUUUGUUGCAUUGAUGUUCCCAUGUAGUAAUUUUUAGUUUGGUUGUGAAAAAACCCUGGGCUGAAGUUAGCAUUUAAGUUAAAAGAAAAAAAACUAGUCCCAGAUUUGAAAACUUGUAAUAAAAUUGAAACUCACUGGUUUUCUAUGACUUUUUGAACUCUUGUAAUCGAGUUUUGAUCACAUUUUCUAUUAAAGUGGCUAACACCUGGCUACUAUUACUGU